AUGGAGGAGUAUCUGAGGGAGAAGAAGUUCUAUGAAAUGAGCGGUUUACCCUGGAGGAGAGGAUAUUUGUUUUAUGGUGUACCAGGUGGUGGGAAGAGUUCACUCAUCGCUGCAUUGGCUCAUGAGCUUCAACUUGAUAUUUACUUGAUCAAUCUCGGUGCAAAGGGCCUCGACGACGAUAGGCUUCAAGGAUUACUUCAAGCUUGUCCCGGUAAUUGUAUAUUGCUCAUGGAAGAUAUCGAUUGCGCAUUCAAGAAACGUAAAUCGAAAAGACGAUCCCGGAGACGACAAUCAUUAUCAUCUUCUUCAUCCUCGUCUUCAUCGAAUUCAUCCUUAGAGUCAGAGUCUGGUUCUGACACUUCCACCUCCUCCAAGUCUUCAUGUAAGAAAGACAAGAAAGACGAAAAGGGUAGAGACGAUAAGGACAAGAAGGAUAAGAAGAAGUCCAACACCAACAAUCAUCCUCAACAAGGUUUCGGAAGUAAUUUGAGUCUCUCGGGAUUGUUCAAUGCUCUCGAUGGAGUGGCCAGCUCCGAAGGGAGAUCACUGUUUUGCACGACUAAUUGGGUCGAUAAGAUUGAUGAAGCGUUAUCGAGACCAGUCACAUCUGAGAAGGACACCAAGUUCGAUCUCGACACACUGGCAGAGGAGUUGAGCCAGGCGAUACCCGAAGGUAAAGUAUCGGUAUCCGCAUUACAAGGGUAUUUGAUGCGAUUCAAGCGCGAGCCUACCAAAGCUAUCGAGAGUGUGGCCGAUUGGUUGGAGAAUGGUUGUGGGAAAGGUCCGACAAUGACUCUGACCAAGAAGGGCAUGGAAAUGAGGAAAUUGGAUAGUGGGAAGGAUGGGUUGGACACCGUCAAAGAGAGACAGGUGAAGAAGGCGAAGGAGGAUAAGAAGGACGGGAAAGAUAAGCAGGAUAAGAAAGGCAAGAAAGGUAAAAAAGAAACGAAGGACAACGAAGACAAAGGGAUAGCUCAAGAUACGAAAGAUGACGAUGCGAAAGGCGGUGACUCGGACAGGAGUGAAACAUUGAAAGUAGAGAAUGACAAGGGGGGCGAUGGAUCAAAGGAGGGAAAUGGGCUCAAUGAUGAUAGAGAGGAGUAG